CGCCAGCUCUGAACGGAGCAAUUUCCAGCUGGGAGUGUUUGUAAUCCUGGUACUGGGGUACUGGUACCCGAGAAUCAUACAAGUAAAACGGCUAAGAAAGGUGUCGAAUGUCAGAUACCCAUCUAUUCGUAUUCCAUCUAUUCUUAACUUUGCUGACAUAAACUGCAUAUACCCUUCUUCUGCACACAUCCACGAUUCCACGAGGCAAAUAUGUCCUGCAAUGAGAAAACAGCGCUUCUGGCAUCGCAACAAGGACAUCAGAAGCGGCAGCAACAGCACAUCAUUGUCGUGCCCGCGACGGAGAAGGACUCAAAGGAUUAUGAGCCCAUUUUCACAACUGCUGACUAUUCCUACGGUCUGACGCUCGAGGAGCUUCUGCCCUUCGCUCUGGAUCCCUGGUGGCAAACCGUGCGACGCCUCAGCUGCGGGGUCCUGGGCCUGACUUUCCUGCUGACCCUGAUUGCUGGUCUGGUUAUGGCCUUCUCCGGCAGUGUCUGUCAGCCGAAUAGAGCAAUUAGUGGAAACGCGACCAUGACAACGAUGGCCACGCCACUAUCCUUGGCUCUCAACGGCUCGCAGCUGCUGAUGGCCAGUUCCUAAUGGCCGCAAGCUAAUCUGCGUAGCAUUUUGGAGAUGCCGCAAUCCACCGGGCGCAAUUGCAUCAGCCGCAUCAGCUCGCACUAUUGGCAUUUGUUUGGCUUGCCGGUAAUGGAUCCGUCCUAAUCCCCCAUAGCCUCAAAUUUGAUUGGUUGCGGAAUAAUUAUACUGAUUAAUUUAUUUGCUAUACAACCCCGUACUCGUAAGCAUCCCCCCGUAAGCAUCAGUUAAAAGGAAGUGUUUCCGAUACAUACACAUACGUACACAUAAGUCGCUUAGUAAUAAAUUUGGUAACUGCAUUAAUAUGAAUAUUGUCUUACCUGAUAAACCAAAUG